AUGGGGCGCGGGACUCCCCUCGGACCGUGCCUGCUGCGGGCAGUGCUGCUGCUCGCCCUCUGCCCCGCCGCCGGCAGCACCUGGAUGUGGCUGGGCAUCGCCGCCGCCGGCGGGCCCGAGAAGCCGGGCUGCGCCAGCCCUCCGCUGAGCCGCCGGCAGCAGGACCUGUGCGAGCAGAAACCGGAGCUGGUGCCCGCGAUCCGGGAGGGAGCGCGCCUGGGCCUCCAGGAGUGCCGCAGCCAGUUCCGACACGAGCGCUGGGACUGCCGCUCGCCGCCCGCCGCCCGCCGCGGCACCGCCGGCCCCGCCGCCUUCGGGCAGCAGCUCAGCAGCGGCACCAAGGAGACGGCGUUCAUCGCGGCGGUGACGGCGGCGGGGCUCGUGCACUCGGUGACGCGCUCGUGCAGCGCGGGGAAUGUGACCGAGUGCUCCUGCGAUGUCACCCUGCGGCACGGCGGCUCGGCCAGCGAGGGCUGGCACUGGGGCGGCUGCUCUGACGACAUCCACUAUGGAAUGGCCUUCAGCAGAAAGUUCCUGGACGUGCCUUUCAAGAACGCAACAGGCAAGAGCGGGAGCGGGCUGGUGGCGAUGAACCUGCACAACAACGAGGCUGGGAGGCAGGCUGUAGCAAAGCUGAUGUCCGUGGAUUGCCGUUGUCAUGGUGUUUCUGGGUCCUGUGCUGUGAAAACUUGUUGGAAAACCAUGUCAUCCUUUGAAAAGAUUGGCCGGUUUUUAAAGGAUAAGUAUGAAAACAGCAUACAAAUAUCAGACAGACUGAAAAAAAAGCUACGCAGGAAAGAGAAAAGCCAGAGGAAAAUACCAAUUGGGAAAGAGGACCUGCUGUAUGUGAACAAAUCGCCCAAUUACUGUGUCGAAGACCAAAAACUGGGGAUCCCUGGAACGCAGGGAAGAGAAUGCAACCGCACGUCGCAGGGGGCCGAGGGCUGUAACCUGCUGUGCUGCGGGCGCGGGUACAACACCCACGUCGUCCGGCACGUGGAGCGCUGCGAGUGCAAGUUCGUCUGGUGCUGCUACGUGCGCUGCAGGAGGUGCGAGACCAUGACCGACGUGCACACCUGCAAGUGA